AUGGAAGCGAAAAGAAAAUCUUAUGACUGUGAUGUAUGUGGUAAAGUCUUCACUAAAAAUGCCAUUUUAAAAAGACAUUUACGUAUUCAUACCAAAGAAAAACCUUUUGCUUGUGAUAUUUGCGGUCGAACGUUCACUGAGAGUAGCAGUUUAAAAACACAUUUAUCUGUUCAUACGAAUGAAAAGCCUUUUACUUGUGAAAUCUGCGGCAAAACGUAUAAGCUAAAAUAUACUUUAAGCAUUCAUUUUCGUAUUCAUAUCAAAGAAAAGCCUUUCGUUUGUGAAGUCUGUGGUAAUACGUUCACUAGAAAGGGCAGUUUAAAAAUACAUUUACGUACUCAUACGAAUGAAAAACCUUAUAAAUGUGAAAUCUGCGGUAAAUCGUUCGUUAUCAGUAGCCCGUUAAAAAGACAUUUACGUAUUCAUACGAAAGAAAUGCCUUUUAGUUGUGAUAUCUGUGGUAAAGCUUUCAAAGAAAAUAGAAAAUUAAAAAUACAUUUACGUAUUCAUACGAAUGAAAAACCUUAUAGUUGCGAGAUCUGUGGUAAAGCGUUCCCUGAAUUUGCCAGUUUAAAAAUUCAUUUACGUAUCCAUACGAAUGAAAAACCUUUUGCUUGUGAAAUCUGCAGCAAAACGUUCACUCAAAGUGGUCACCUGAAAACUCAUUCACGUAUUCAUACGAAAGAAAAGUAG